AUGGAAAGAGAGGUAGCAUUUGAAAUUUUACAGCGCUUUUUAGAAAAGCGGGGAGUAGGUCCGAUUAAGGACUUAGCUGGAUUACUAGCAGUUGGGAAGGCAAAAGGGUUCUUUGUAGGGCCAGAAAGUGUUUUCGAGAUAGAUGAGUGGAGGAAUUAUGGAGAUAGUUUAUGGGACUCAGUUAUAGAUGAUGAUAAAACUGCGAAAAAACUAAUGAAAUCAUGGCGGGAGGUAAUUAAUUGUAUUAAAAAAUAUCAGGCUGAAAAACGUAUAGCUGCUGCUGCCACUGCUCGCCUUGAUCGGAACAACCCAGAGGCAGGUCAACUAACAGCGGGAGGCGAUUACUUUUCACCACCACCAACUGGCAUUCCCGUGCCUGUGCGUCCGUCUAUUCACCCCCCUGAUCCUUCUGUACAGCCUUCGGCACCCCCGGAGGAAGUAUCAGAGGAUGAUGAGGAGGUUGAGUCUAUAGGAACAACCCCAGAGGUGGCUGAAAAGGAAAAAAUUGCUGUCCCAAAACGGCGAACGCAGCCGCGACUGCUACGAGUGGGUUGGAACAAUAUAGCACGAGAGGCAGUAGCACAGCAAGACUUUGAAACGUUAAGUCAGCUUGAUAUGCAUGCCUUUCCCGUUUUAUAUCAAGUAGACAAUGCGGGAGGCAUGACAGGAGUUCAUGAAACAUUGGAUUGGAAGAUAUUAAAUCAAUUAAGAAGUACAGUUAAUGAAUCUGGGGUACAUAGUGAACCUGCAAGGCAAAUGUUAAAUUAUAUUUGGGGAAGCGGUAUUUUAUGUCCUGAAGACAUAAAAAAUAUUAUGCGGCUUAUUUUAAAACAAUCUCAACAAUUAUUAUGGCAAGCACAUUGGCAAAGGUCAUGUGAAAUUUCCGCACAUAUGCCGCGUGAUCAAAAUGAUCGAUUGGCCGGAGUAACUGUAGAGCAAUUGAUGGGAAUAGGGCCUUUUGCGUCUGCAGAAAUGCAGAUGCAAACUGGUCCAGAUGUGCUCCUAGAAUCAAUGAAACUGGCCCGAGAAGCUCUACAAAAGGUUAAAACCUCCCCGUCCACACCAUCUUAUAUGUCAGUGAAACAAGGAAGGGAGGAACCAUUUGCCUCUUUUGUAGAUAGAGUAACGGAUGCAAUCAAUCGCUCUGACAUGGCAGAAUUCAUGAAGGGACCUUUGUUACGGCAAUGUGUAUUAGAAAAUUGUAAUAACUAUACUAGAAGCAUAUUAAUUACACUGCCCCUAGAUGCUAGCAUAGAGGUUAUGCUAGAACGGAUGAGUAGAGUGCCCGUGGGAAAUCAGGCUAUGUUAGUAGAGACCAUUAAGGAGUUAGGGGAAAACCUGAUUAAAGCUCAGGAACAGGUUUUCGCUGCGCUGGCCCCAUUGAAGCCGCCAGAUGGACCUCAGAAUACUACACCCAGAAGACGUGACCUUAAAUGUUUUCGUUGUGGACGCACUGGACAUAUGCGUCGACAGUGCCGAGAAGCCAACGUAUGGUGUCCAAACUGCCAGAUGAAUAAUCAUAGUACAGAGGCAUGUCAUCGGUCGGGAAACUGGAAGAUGAGCGCCAAGAGCCGCCGCGCGCCGACCCCAACUGCGGCUCAAACUGCUGCAGCCACCCUUCCUCAAUGUGCCGUGGUGAGCCAGCACCAACCACGAAGCAACUUCAGCCAGCAAGCAGAUUACAACCAGCCACAAGAGGGAGUCUCGGAUUGGAUUUGGCAACAACAAUAG